CCUUUCGUUUGCAUACUUUAAUUGAAGGAAACAUUCAAUUAUUAAAUGAUAACAAUAGAGUUGUCGAUAGCGUUGAGCUCAAGACUCAGUUUAAUAAUCCGCAGAUUUUGUAUAAACAGCGAGCGCUUGACCUUAUGGUUAAUGGCCUGACGGGUCAACCCAUACAACAUGGUGACAACUUUUUCACCAGCGAUGUGACCAAUCAUUUGUUUGAACCAAUUGGACAGCCGUUUGGCAUGGAUUUGAUUGCGCUUAACAUACAAAGAGGUCGAGACCACGGACUGCCGUCAUAUAAUCGCUUCCGAGAGGUGUGUGGUCUGAGACCAGUGACCAGUUUUGAAGACUUGGCGUCUAUAAUGAGCGAGAAGUCGGCGCGUGUAAUGAGACGCGUAUACCGUAGUGUCGAUGACAUCGAUCUGUUUAUUGGCGGCGUUUCUGAACACCUGAUCAAAGGCGGAGUCGUUGGACCCACUUUCGCCUGUAUUAUCGCCGAACAGUUCCGGCGAUUGAAAAACGGCGACCGCUUUUGGUUUGAAAACGGAGGCCUCGAGGCCUCGUUCACUGAGGACCAGCUCCGCGAGAUCAGGAAAUCCAGUUUAGCCCGUAUUUUGUGCGACAACAGCGAUGUCCAGUCUAUGCAACCCUUGGCUUUGGUUCAGACGUUUGAUUGGAACCCAAAAAUUGAGUGUAAGAGCAAUGAAAUACCCCGAAUUGAUCUAGGAUAUUGGAAAAAUGAGCCAGUUUGGUCUUAAAUGCACACAACAUUUAAUAAUUGUUUCAUCAAAUAAU